AUGUACCAGAGGGACCUCCUUGGGUCGAGACAGGAUGACAGCAUUCACCUAGAAAAGGCCUUUGAGGGCCUCCACAGCAUCCUUCUCCACCCAGAAGAUGCUAUAGGAGACAAUCACUCUGGAUAUGGUGAGUGUGAGGAAAUCAUCAGUCAGACAUCAAAUCUACAGCAGUGUGAGGCACCCCAGACAGAGAAACCCCACAAGUGUCCCAAAUGUAACAAGGACUUCAGGUGGUGCUCUGAUGUAAUUAAACAUCAGAGAACCCACACAGGUGAGAAGCUCAUCACAUGCAGUGAGUGUAGGAAAAACUUCAGAGUGAGCUUCCACCUUAUCUCCCAUAGAAGGAUGCACACAGGAGAAAGGCCCUACCCUUAUCUCAAAUGUAGGAAAAGCUUCAUCUGA